AUGGAGAUGAGAAGCGUACCCUACAAGGAAACAGUUGGAUGUUUAUCUUUUGUGGCACAGACAACUCGACCCGAUAUUGCGUUUGCGGUGAAUGCCGUGAGUCAGUUUUCAUCGAACCCAGGAAAGCUACAUUGGGAAGCAGUCAAGCGAAUUUUCCGAUACAUUAAGGGAACAGCGACAAAGAAGUUGGAGUAUAGUAGGAGUCCAACCGAUGAGCUGAAAGGAUAUAGCGAUGCUGAUUCGGGUGGAAAUCCUGAUAGCCGCAGAUCGACCAGUGGAUAUGUUUUUACGCUACAGGGAGCAGCAAUAGCCUGGAACGUGAAGAAGCAACCGACAGUGGCUCUUUCGUCUUGCGGAGUAUAUGGCUCUUUCCCGAAGCAUUCAAGAAGCCAUGUGGUGGCGAAAUCUUCGAUCUGA